CUGGGAUGAGAUUCUUUUUAUACAAAGAUGGUGCUGCAGCAUUACAGGAAACAACAUUAGGAAAUGUACCUGAGGGUGUUUUCCAGAUCACAGGAGUCAACUUCCAGAAUAGCGGUGAUUACUUCUGUGUGUAUGACAUUGAGAGUUCACCAGGUGGGAGCGCGAUAACAUCAAAAGGCAGUGACAAUGUGAAGAUAACAGUUGAAGCUCCGCGGCCGGUCCUGUCCGUGUCUCCAGCCUCUGUGGUGAAGGGAGGCUCUGUCACGUUGACAUGUACAGCUCCCAGCUCGGUCUCACCCUCACAGUUUACACUGUACCGCGAGGAUCAGCCGGUCAGACAAUCACCACACACGGGGCUUGUUAAAGUCUUCGAGAUCAAAGCAAUAAACGCCUCAGAUGAAGGAAGUUACCGCUGCAGAUAUCAAACUGCUCAGUCUGUGGAGUCGCUGCCCAGUCCCCGUGUGCCGCUCACUGUGAGAGCUGUGGACUGGUGGCCGGUAGCGGUGGGUGUGAAGCUGAGCGUUCUCCUCCUUCUGCACCUGGUGGUGGCUGCCGUGUGGAUCUGCAAAGCCAGAGGUGACGGGGCAGACACUCACACACCAGGAGUCACCCGGGAAACCUCCUGAACGGCUGAAGCUUUUUGAUGAUGUGUUGAAGAGCCACGGAGGGGUGUGGGGCGUGUUACCAGCCAGACGGGCGCAGGCUGGCGCUUGUCUUAUAUUUCAGAGUCUCUCAUUGACAAAAGGAGCUCAGACUCGUCGCUGUUCAGGGGAACAGGAUCUGCAAGGCAAAGCUUGUGGUUAAAGACAGUCUGUCAGGUCGUCCUCCCUACACUUGGGCCGAGAGUGAACACACAUUUCCUCAGCGUGAAUCUGCCGGCUUCUCUGUCCUUGUCAUGUGUGGC